GCUUUGCCCCUCAGCUCCAUCACCUUGCCAAUUUAUAUCUCCACCUUCCCCUUAGCCUCCUCCCUCCCCUCCUCUCACUCUUUCACACACACACACCAACUUUACCACGAAUAUCUGCUCUAGCCUUUGAAGAUGUCCGAAUCCAGGUUUCCGCAUACCGCUGGGGCUAAUUUACCCGUCCCCCUACAGAGAUUGAAGCAGAUUGCCAACGAUGCUUGCUUCGCAGCUCUCGAAAAAGUCGAAGUCUACGACCAUUCCCGCACCGAGGGAUGGAAUAACACCAUCAUCAACCACAUCCUCCGCGCCUUGAUCUCCGAAUCCACCCCCACUGGCGCUGGACCUGGUUGCUCUCCUUACAAGUUCUCCGUGAACAGCACCAUCAUCCAGCACAUGGCCCAGCGCAACUUCAACUACCUAACCACUUCUAUCUCUACUAGUCCCUCCUCCGCCGCCGCUACUACCCCUACCUCCCAAGACUCCACCUCUCCCGUUUCCCCCGCCGCCGCCGGCGUCGGCAGCGAACUCACCUCGGGCCGCGCGAGCAAUGAGAACACCGGCGUUGGCAGACGCGGAAUGCACAGCGCCUGCGGCGCCUACUGGAAUAACGAGAAGGACGGGAUGUGGAGUUUCAAGUACGAGACUAAAGGUCUUGACGUGGUUAUUUCGGUUAUUUGGAUCGCCGUUUAGAACCUUUCCACCCGCUUCUUUGCUCGCUUCGUCGGUUUUUUCUUGUUCAGUCGGUCUCUUUGUCGGUCGGUAUCGUGAAUCGGAAGAAAGCCGGGAGGAAACAAGCAAGGAAGGAAGGGAAAGUGGCCUUUAUUACUGGUGAUAUCUGCUUUUGUUUAGUUGUGUUAUGAUAGCAUAGCAAGUGUGUGGAUGCUUGGGUGAAUUUCUUGCGUCUUGUUCUAAAUUCGCUGUCUUUAUCCAUGUCCCUCUGAACUGCGGAGCACAGGAGUGGAGGGAGACACUAGUGGUAUUGGUCUGAUAAAAUAACUGCGUACCUUGUUUUUUUGGGGGGGUAUUACUCUCUCAUUCUUGCUUUCCUCCUACUGAUACUCUUUUUUCAUACAUAUUCACCUAUAUAUCUCUUUUGCGUGAGGGUGGUUUGUAUAUGUGUUUGUAGAUGAGAUUGGAGUGGAUCGGAUCGGAUUAGAUGAGAUG